AUGGAGACAGAAUUAUCUAUUGGUAUGCGUGAGUCUGAUCUUCGAGCAUGGCUCUAUACUGUUGACAUCUCUAGCAAACAACUGCUUGAGUUGUGCACUAGACCUAUGGCUUUUCGUCCUUCUUACCUUGGUGGUGUCGAUGUUAUCCUUGGAACUGACUCUCCAACUGAAAGCAUGAUGGUUAGUGAACCAUUUGACAUCCUGUGUCCUGACAAUUAUACGGCUCUGUGGAUCAAUCCACUCUUCAUACUUGCAAAGGAGAAGAAAGAUGCAGAAUUGAUGAAUAUCGCCUCUUGGGUCAAAAUACCACCUCGAUUGAUCACUGUGGAUGAUACCCGGAUCAAUGAGAUUGUCGAAGAGUUGUUGAAGUCAAAUGGAAGGAGUUUGAAUAAUCUUCGCUCAUUACCUUCUGAGGACAUGCGAGCUAUUUUCAUGAAACUGAGUGGUAUGUUACGGCUAACACUCAACGAAGUGGACACUUACUACAAUGAUAUGCAAACGCUUUCUGUUGAG